AUUCAUCUAUGUCCUGCUGUAACCUGCACAGAAUUGCACCGGCCCGGCGAACACGAUUCACUUCAUUCCUUCUUACCACCAAUUCCGUAUCCGUGUCCGUCUCUCUCAUUUUAUCCUUACGAUGGAUAUCUCUACGACAACCGGUCCUCCCAUCGACGACCCAUUCUCUGAAUUCGAUGACCCCUCAGAAGCUCUUUCUUACGACGAAACUCUCCCUUAUGAAGACCAGCUCCCUACCGCUGCAGAAGCCGCGUUAGCCAGCCGAAUAGGGAGCACCAAGGUGUAUCUACUUUCAGAAUCUUCUGCGGUAGUAGUAAGAGGCGGCAAGCGGAAACGAAGUGACGAUACGGAAGAGACCGAGGAGACUGAAGAGGCUGGUGUCGACGUUGAAAUGGACGAUGACCCCACAUUACGAGGGAAUGCCCUUCUACUCACUGGAGUCCCAAUUUCCAACCUCCCUACCGCCCGUCUAUUCGCUUUCGCAACGCACUUCGACGCCCACCCAAUGGGCCUAGAAUGGGUUGACGAUAACACCUGCGUCCUUGUUUUCACCUCAAAAGCCGCCGCGCGUACUGGUCUCCGCUAUCUCAGCAAAUCUUUCGGUGAAGAACCCGAUCCAGACGGAUACAUCACCGCGAAACCAAUUCCCAUAGCCUUCUGGCCUCCGGAAGAACGUAUAAAUCGUAGUCUAGGAAAAACCCAGGGUCAAUCUGUUAUGAAGGGUCCCAUUAAGAUGCGUUGGGCUAGGACAGACGACGUGAAGAAACGUGGAGCCAAAAGUGAUUCGGAGUUUUACAAGAAACAUGGUCGGAUGGCGGGGAAGGAAUUGUUCAAUGGUCGUGAACUUCCGAUGAAGAAGAGACGAAGGAACGACGAAGAACCGAAUGUUCUUCUUCAGAAAGAACAAUUAGACGACGAACUAAACGAGUUUCUGGCAGAGGGUGAGGCAGAAGAUGCCACAGCUCUAGAUCCACAACCUCCGCCAUCGAAGAUGCGGUCCGACUAUAUUGCUACUGAUGGACGCACUCUGCUCGGAGACGCUUCACCCAAGCCUGAUCUAGUUUCACGACUUUUUGCGCCUCUGCCCCGACGCGCUCAGAAAGGUCGGAACUCAAAUCAUCACGGCGGGGUCAGUUUGGAGGACAGGUUAUGGUCAGAUAAGUUUGAUUUAUCUGAACGCACUGUUGCAGAGCAGACGUCGCGGAGCGGCAGAGGAAGAGGGAGACGAAAUAGAGAUGGUAACAGGGAUCGACCAAAGAAGAGCCAGCAGGAACUGGACGAUGAAUUGGACACGUUUCUAAGAGAAGAAUGAAUUCAUAUUAGGAAUACAGGAUGAUGUUCUAAUUUUUUCUUUUUUUACGAUGUAAUUGUUGAAGAUUAAACCAGCUCUCGUUAUACUAUAUGGCGUAGCUUGAGAC